UUCAAAAAAACCAUUCCUUCAGGGAACAAUCAGAGUCAUGUAACUUCAGUUGAACCAGACCUCACAGAGCAAGAUAAUGAUGAGCUAAUUCCGGAGGAAUCACUAGAUAGAAAUCAAAUUGUAGAAUAG